AUGUUCCGCACCGCAGUCCGUUCCUCGAUCCGCUCGUGCUCGAGAUCGAGCUCGAGCUCGAGUUUAAGCAGCUCUGCUUUGCUUCACUCAUCAGCUCAGCGAUCUUCACUCCAGUACAGAGCUCUCUCUUCUUCUUCGUCGAGCGCAACUGCAUCAAAUUCAAGAGCGCAAACCAGCCGAGAUGGCAACAAAAACGUCAAGGGCCUCGUAGCAGGCCUUGUUGGCUUGGCCCUCCUCGCCUCUGCUAUCCCUACACGCAAGGUGCACAACGAGCAAGCUCGAUUACCACCAACAAAAGUCUCGCCUGCUGCUGCUUCCGAUCCAGCAAGCGAGCUUAUCUCGAUGGACACGGUCGCUGAAUACAACAAGCUCCCCUCCGACGGCGGCAAGGGUCUCUGGGUCGUCAUCAAGGGCGAGAUCUACGACGUCACCGAGUUCGUCGACAACCACCCAGGUGGACGCAACAUCAUCCUCAAGAACGCGGGCAAGGACGUCACUGAGCUCUAUGAGCCUAUUCAUCCACCCACAGCAUUGCAAGAGAACCUCGACGCAUCAAAACACAUUGGGCAGGUCGACCCAGCUACGGUUCAGAUCAAGCAAGCAGGCGAAGAGUCUGCCGAGGGCCGCAAGAGGAGACUGGCACGCCAAAAUCUGCCUCCGCUUGGGACAGUGCUCAACUUGGACGACUUCGAGCGCAUCGCUGAAAGUAUUCUGUCCGACCAAGCUUGGGCAUACUACUCUUCUGCAGCCGAUGACGAGGUCACUAUUGCACAGAACCGUGCUUCCUUCCAGCGCAUUGUUUUCCGUCCUCGCAUCCUCCGCGCUAUCGGCGACGUCGACAGCUCCGUCAAGCUGAUUACCUCGAAAGGUGAGGGCUUCACUAGCUCUCUUCCGCUCUACAUCUCUCCCGCUGCGAUGGCCAAGCUCGGUCACCCUGAUGGAGAACUCAACCUUACCCGCGGCGCAGGUAAAGCCGACAUCAUUCAAGGUAUCUCUGCCAACGCAUCCGUUGGUCUCGACGAGAUGCUGGAUGUCCGAAAGGAGGGACAGCCCAUCAUCUACCAGCUCUACGUCAACAAGGACCGUGCUGCAUCAGAGCGCAUCCUCAAGAAGAUUGAAGAGCGAGGGUGCUCAGCAGUAAUGCUUACAGUCGACGCUCCUGUGAUGGGCAAGCGUGAACGCGACAUGCGCUGCAAGGGCGAGGAAGUCGAGAUGGGUGUAGACCAUGGCAAAGUCGUCAAGGCGAAAGGUGGAGGAGUUGCUCAAGCUAUCUCUGGCUACAUUGACCCCAACAUAACUUGGGACGACAUCAAGUGGUUCCGUAAGAUAUGCAAGCUUCCUCUUUACCUCAAGGGUGUUCAGACCGUAGAGGACGUCGAGCUCGCCGUCAAGCAUAAUGUCGAAGGCGUAGUGCUAUCUAACCAUGGUGGUAGGAGUUUGGAGUACGCUCCGGCUGCAUUGGAUGUGCUGGUGGAGCUGAGGCAGAGGAGACCGGAUCUGUUUGACAAGAUCGAGGUAUUUAUGGAUGGCGGUGUCAGGCGAGGCACUGAUGUGUUGAAGGCAGUUGCUUUGGGAGCAAAGGCUGUCGGUCUCGGCAGGCCAUUCUUGUACGCACAGUCUGGUUACGGCGAGGCUGGUGUCACAAGAGCGAUCCAGAUUCUGGAAGACGAGAUUCACAGGGGCAUGCGAUUGCUUGGUGUCACUUCUCUUGAUGAGCUGACACCAGAGAUGAUCGACAUUCUGCCGAGACAGUUCUUCCCCAUCAACAACAGAUAG